AUGGAUCUCGAUACACAGAACGGGAACGACAUUGGCAUGAUCAAGGACCGCAAGCCAUUACGCUCUCCGCGGAAACGCACUACCAUCGAUAGGCUCAAGCGCAAGCUCAUCGCCCAUGCCAAGUUCGUCGGACCGGGUGAGCCUGUCUUCCGAGGAAACUGCCCGAAUGAUGGGUCAAAUCAGAGGCUGACUAGAUCAUCGUUACCAUCGUUACACCCAGGUGUGAUCGCAAGCGUGGCCUACAUCGUGAGCACUCCGGCUGUGAUUCGAUGAGCUUGACUCACCGCAGGGCGCUGAUAUAUCCGGCGAGCGCGUCUCUCCCCUUGAAUAGGACCCGGGGAACUGGGCUACCGAUCUUCAAGCCGGCAGUCAAUUCGGAUACAGCCAUCUAUUCAUCAUCCUGCUUUCGGGACUGAUUGCGCUACUGUUCCAAGUCCUCGCGACCCGUCUGGGAUGCGUCAGCGAUCUCGGUCAGUAGUCUUUGCUGGUCGGUUUUCUCCGAUGUUGUUUUCACGAGCUCAACUGACCUUGUGGAGAUGUCGUUGCGCUCGCAGACCUGUCCCAAAACUGCCGAAGAGCGUUGUACGAUAGGCCCAAUCACAAAAAGUUUUAUCGCUGGGGCGUCCUGUAUCCUCUCUACGCCCUGUCCGAGAUUGGCAUCAUCUUCACCGACUUGGCCGAAUUGCUCGGGUCGGCCAUCGCCAUCAACCUCCUUAUUCCUGCCAUUCCCCUCUGGGGCGCUGUCCUAAUAACCUCACUCGACGUGUUCCUCAUCCUGCUGCUCUUUAACCAAUACCCGACCCGAAUGGUCACUCGCUCGAUGCGAAUGUUCGAGCUCUUGAUCGGUCUGCUCGUCAUGACCGUCCUCGGCUCCUUCGUCGCGUUGCUCGUCAAGGUCAGCCCCGUGUGGAAGGACGUCUUCCAUGGCUACGUCCCCGGUUCUGGGAUCAUCCGAGAUGGUGGGCUUUAUGUUGCCGUUGGUAUUGUCGGUGCGACCGUCAUGCCCCACGCUUUCUUCAUUGGGUCCAAGAUGGCGACGAUGAGGAGGCUCGCACCGGAGCAGUACGAAUACGACGAUGACGACGAAGAUCUGAUGGGUGAGAAGAACACGGCAGCUGUUCGAAUGGGGAACAUCUCGACGAUGCCUAGCCCCGCGAGGCGACCAAGCCAUGGAGGAGGCCCGCACCUUCACCUACCGCAGCCCGUUGCGUUGGGGAAUUUCAACAUCCACUCCAAUCGUAACAGAGCGGCCACGUCGACAUCGGCGUCCACCGCUGCGGACAUGAUCGUCGAGACGGGUUCUAUAUCACCUGCUGAGAACUCCGGUGACGCAGCGACCCAAAAGACGGACGACGGAAAGAACCCUGGCCCAUUGUCCGACCACCCCAAGCCCACACUCGCCUGCGUUCGAGCCCAUCUCGGUCAUGCCGUCGCCGAUGUUGCCGGCUCGUUGCUUGGCUUUGCAAUCCUCAUCAACUCGAGCAUCCUCAUCCUCGCUGCCGCCGUCUUCUACUACGGCAAAGGACGAUCCUCGGUCGGCAACGAAGGCGUUUCCGAUCUCUUCGACGCCUUCGAUCUCGUCAAGCAGUACCUCGGCCAAGCUUUCGCGUACCUCUUUGCAAUCGGCUUGUUCAUGGCAGGUCAAUCCGCUUCGUUGACGGUCACACUUUCGGGGCAAAUCAUCUCGGAGGGGUUCAUCGAGUGGCAUACAACACCGUGGAAGCGAAGGCUGGUGACGAGAUUAAUUGGAAUCGUCCCCAGUCUGGCUGUCGCCGUCGCCAUCGGUCGGGAAGGGAUCUCGGUCCUGUUGGUGGGAUCUCAAGUUGCACUUAGUAUUGUGUUGACUUUUGUGCUCGUUCCGUAGGUACUCUACGACGCGCCGAUGCCCGCCCACGAGCGAUGCUGAUCGUACCUCUCACUCCCAUACAGCCUCAUCAUUUUCACCUCGCAAUCGCACAUCAUGUCGAUCCCGAUCACAUCACCAGGCGAAAGCAGUGCACCAAUGGGCACGACCGACUCCUUCGCUCGGGCAUCCGCUACCCCCCUCCUCGUUGAAUCCCCCAUCUUCAUCCGGCGGUCCUUGAAGGAAACCCUCCGGAUCCUGAAUCCCAUCCGCAAGCGCGCCGCGCCAGAAGGACACGUCUCCUUUGUCAACUCGGCUUUGAUCGUCUACCUCUGUUGGGCUUUGUGGCUGCUGAUCACGAUCGCGAACUUCUUCGCGUUGUACGACAUCGGGGCAUCUAAGGAGUGA